CUCAAGAACGCGUUAAACUUUAACUAUGCUAAUUUAACAGAAAGCUAGCCGUAAUUGUUUGUUGCAUAGUAAUGAGAUCUGUCAAUCAACGAAGCCAGCUUGGUUCACACGGAAUUUGUAGCGUGCAGUUAGGCUGUGUACGAUGUUCGGAUUGUGUUUAUGUGCUGUUUUGCUUGUUGGUGUUCCCAGCUCCGAGGCAACGUCGCCAAUUCUCCGCGGCGUCGCCCACAACAAGGAACUCCGAUGGGUUCUGAUAGACAUACUGCAUUCGCUGAGACCACGUGAUAUCACAUGUAUUGCGGUCAUCAGUGAUUCAGUUUACUUGAACGUUUUCGACGGAGAACUAUUUCGAAUUAUAACCAAUGUUCCUUUCGUUAUGAUCAUUGUAGCAGAAGAAGAGGACUUGUUAUCACCAAAUUACAUAACACUGAAAUCGUUACGACAGACGGAAACUGACGGUUGCAAUGUAUAUAUUAUAUUUCUAGCAAAUGGACUGCAAGUAGCUAGGCUACUAAAAUUUGGAGACAGGCAUCGAAUUUUAGAUACCCAUGCUAAAUACAUAAUGCUACACGACAUAAGGUUGUAUCACAAGGACCUCCAUUACUUAUGGAAGAGAAUCGUGAAUGUAGUAUUUAUUAAAUAUCACAGGAAAAUAAUUGGGAAUGCGAAAAGCAGACCUUGGUUUGACCUACUUACUGUACCUUUCCCUAACCCCAUAAAGAGCGUGUUGGUGCCACGAAGAGUUGAUAUCUGGAGAAACGACAAAUUCCACUAUAACCGCUCGUUGUUUGUGGACAAAACGUACAACCUUUAUGGACAGCAGUUAAACGCGGUGUAUCUGGACCACGUCCCAUCAGUUGUCGUGACAAGAGACAACGAGACCAGUAAAAUUGGCGGUGUUGAGGUCGAAAUUUUCAAAACCCUCUCUGAACAAAUGCACUUCGAAGUCAACAUGUAUCAGCCUGCACACGCAGAACUUAACAAAUGGGGCCAAAAGCAAGCAAACGGUUCGUUUUCUGGUUUGCUUGGUGAAAUGGCCAGCGGUAGGGCUGACGCGGCUCUCGGAAACCUACAGUACACGCCUUAUCAUCUGGAAUUAAUGGACUUAAGCAUACCUUACACCACUCAAUGCUGGACUUUCCUUACACCAGAGGCAUUGACGGACAAUUCUUGGAAGACUUUAAUUUUGCCCUUCAAACUGAACAUGUGGAUUGCCGUUUUACUUGUUUUAUUAAUAACGGGCACAAUUUUUUAUGCAAUGGCGAGGUAUUAUAUGAAUCUUCAAGAUUACAGACAUGAUCACGACGUAACUCCGGCUAAACAAAAAAACAUAAAAGCAAAGGCAGAUGAUGAGGAUGCAAAACCAGUCGGGCUGUACGUGUUUGGAGAAAUAAUAAACAGCAUUCUCUACACUUAUGGAAUGUUACUGGUUGUGUCCUUGCCCAGGCUACCUACUGGCUGGUCUAUAAGACUACUCACUGGAUGGUACUGGUUGUAUUGCAUCCUUCUGGUUGUGUCUUAUCGUGCUAGUAUGACUGCUAUUCUUGCAAAUCCUGCUCCAAGAGUCACUAUAGACACAUUACAAGAACUAGCUGAUAGCAAAGUGACGUGCGGUGGAUGGGGCAUUGAAACGAAAAAGUUUUUUCAAGACUCCUUGGAUGAUAUAGGCCAGAAGAUCAGCGAUAGAUUUGAAACGAUAAACGACCCUAAUGACGCUGCUAAUCGUGUGGCGCAGGGAGUGUAUGCGUAUUACGAUAAUAGCAACUUCUUAAAAUAUAUUAGCGUUAAAAGAAAGAGCGGGCUAACUAUGGAAUCCGAUAACGCUACAACGAACGGUAGUCUGGUGCCUCCCAAACCUCACGAGGAGAGAGACUUACAUAUUAUGUCAGAUUGUGUAGUCAAUAUACCUAUCUCUAUAGGGUUCCAUAAAAACUCCCCUUUUAAACCGUUAGCGGAUAUUUACAUUCGAAGAAUAGUUGAAGUUGGUUUGGUUGAGAAAUGGUUGAAUGACGCCAUGGAACCAAUAAGGGCUUUGGAGGUAAAUGAUGAAGAAAUCAAAGCAUUGAUGAAUCUAAAAAAGCUUUAUGGAGCAUUUGUUGCCUUAGCCAUUGGAUAUUUUUUAAGUGGCAUUUGUUUUCUCCUAGAAAUAAUACACUGGAAUUGUAUGGUAAAAAACGAUCCAAUGUUUGACAAAUAUGCUAUAGAUGUGUAUUAUCGAAAUAAAAGUAAAAAGUAAUUGGUU